UAUUUCUGUCUCUCUCUCUCUGUGUGUGUGUGUGGAUUUCAACCUCUGUGUCUAUAGGCAAAUUCUCCUGUACUUCUUAAUUUCCCUAUUGGUUGACGUCUGUCUCUCCCCCUAGAAAACAGAUUUGCAGGACCCAAAAAAAAAAUUAUCAGAUUGAAAAAUCAGGGCGGGUUAAAAAACAAGGGGUGAGUGAGUGUGUGAGUGAGUGAGUGAAAGAGACAGAGAGAGUGAAAGGGAACUUGACGGAUUGCAAGACACUGCCACAGAGAGAGAGAGAGAGAGAGAGAUACAGGUGUCCCACAAGGUCGAUGUGAGGAAUUUGGAGACAGGGUGUUGACGAUGCCCCGAGCGUUCCUGGUGAAGACGAAGAAAGCUUACACUUACCACCAGCAUCGCUGUCUCCACGACGACCGUCUUCCUCACCCGCUCCCUGCAGCCUCCUCGCCACUGGCAGUUUCGCCACCAGAGUAUCCAGAGGACAGCAACGCGCCCGACAGCGAUGCCAGGGGUACCAGUCUUCAGGUCAUACACGAGGAAGGGCAUCAGGACCAUGUCACAACCAGUUUGCCUCCAGGGCAUGUGACUAAAGCUCGUUACUGCUCAACAGUCUCUAGUUCCGUUCUCCCAUUGGUUGAGGAAGAUUAUUCCCAUCCCCAGGAUGAGAAACCGUCCUUCCCGUGGGAUACAUUGCACACUGUGUACCAGCUGUCCUCCAGCUUCCAGUCGGUGUUCCUGGAGGGAGCGAUGGGAAUGUACGGCUCCCAUUUCACCGGGGCCUCACACUCUGACCAGCCCAUUGACUACAGUGCGCAUUACAACACCGACUCCACCUUCCACUGUGUCAAGUGUAACAAGGCCUUCUCCACGUCUCACGGUCUCGAGGUCCACGUGCGGCGCUCGCACAGUGGGAUGAGACCCUUCGGCUGCGACGUGUGCGGCAAGAUGUUCGGGCACUCGGUCAGCCUGGAGCAGCACCUCCACACCCACUCCCAGGAACGAAGCUUCGAGUGUAAGAUGUGCGGCAAGACAUUCAAGCGUUCGUCAACGCUCUCCACCCACCUGCUCAUCCACUCGGACACACGGCCCUACCCGUGUCAGUACUGUGGCAAACGUUUCCACCAGAAAUCAGACAUGAAGAAGCACACGUACAUUCACACAGGUGAGAAGCCCCACAAGUGCCAGGUUUGUGGGAAAUCCUUCAGCCAGAGCUCCAACCUGAUCACCCACAGCCGCAAACACACCGGCUUCAAACCCUUCGGCUGUGACACGUGCGGGAAAGGCUUCCAGCGUAAGGUGGACCUGCGUCGUCACCGCGAGACCCAGCACGGCUUCAAGGUCCACGGACAAGUGGUUCACUUCCACAUCCAUCACUCUGCCUCCGCCCUCGACCCCAGGAUCACAGCUCCUCUGACCACCUACCGAUAUUCUGUUGUUUCUGGUUCAGUCUCUAGUUCCGUUCUCCCAUUGGUUGAGGAAGAUUAUUCCCAUCCCCAGGAUGAGAAACCGUCCUUCCCGUGGGAUACAUUGCACACUGUGUACCAGCUGUCCUCCAGCUUCCAGUCGGUGUUCCUGGAGGGAGCGAUGGGAAUGUACGGCUCCCAUUUCACCGGGGCCUCACACUCUGACCAGCCCAUUGACUACAGUGCGCAUUACAACACCGACUCCACCUUCCACUGUGUCAAGUGUAACAAGGCCUUCUCCACGUCUCACGGUCUCGAGGUCCACGUGCGGCGCUCGCACAGUGGGAUGAGACCCUUCGGCUGCGACGUGUGCGGCAAGAUGUUCGGGCACUCGGUCAGCCUGGAGCAGCACCUCCACACCCACUCCCAGGAACGAAGCUUCGAGUGUAAGAUGUGCGGCAAGACAUUCAAGCGUUCGUCAACGCUCUCCACCCACCUGCUCAUCCACUCGGACACACGGCCCUACCCGUGUCAGUACUGUGGCAAACGUUUCCACCAGAAAUCAGACAUGAAGAAGCACACGUACAUUCACACAGGUGAGAAGCCCCACAAGUGCCAGGUUUGUGGGAAAUCCUUCAGCCAGAGCUCCAACCUGAUCACCCACAGCCGCAAACACACCGGCUUCAAACCCUUCGGCUGUGACACGUGCGGGAAAGGCUUCCAGCGUAAGGUGGACCUGCGUCGUCACCGCGAGACCCAGCACGGCUUCAAGUGACCAUGGGAGGCACACCUUUACCACCAGCUAAACACUUACACCCCCCACCUUUCACUUUGACUCCCCCCGGCCCCACCCCUGACUCACCUCCGUCCCAUGUGGUGUUUCUCUUAUCCUUUCGUUUUCACCACCUUCAUAGGUCCACGGACAAGUGGUUCACUUCCACAUCCAUCACUCUGCCUCCGCCCUCGACCCCAGGAUCACAGCUCCUCUGACCACCUACCGGUCAGACAGCAGAUCUGGGAUCUUCCCUCUCUUCACG